CGAGUUUAGCGCCGUGCUCUCUGUGCUGCUGCUGCGCCUCGAUUAUCUCAUUACACACCUAUUGCGAGUAUGCAUCCCCCAUUCCAGUCCACGGUGCCACAGCUCGACGACUUCGGGGACGACGCCCCUUUCUGCCCACCGCCGGUCUCGACGAAGCAAGCGCCCAAGGCGCGAAACAAUACGCCGCCCAGCCCCUUCAAUUUCUCGUCGGUGUCUGCUUCGUCUGGCAGUCCGUACGGGAAAGAGGACGACUCCUCCAGUUCCGACGACUCCGACAGCGACGCGAGCUACGACUCCAGCGACGACGUGAACCCGACCAAAGUUGAAGAAGUUGAAUGGGUGUAUUCGCAGGACGCUGGAGGAGUAAUUGCCCUAAACAAGCGGUCAGUCCAUGAAUGAUGUUGUUUGUCGGCGCGUAUUGACUGUUGAUGGCAGCCCCGAGGGCGAAGAAGUCGACCAGAUUGCGGUUGAGGGCCCCCAGGCUGAGCACUGUGAGGCGGUCGAACACUACGAGAUGGUGGACGCCGACGCCGACGCCGAAGCCGAGCACGAUGCGGAGGCAGAUGCAGUUGGCGAGCUGACCGAGUACGGAGCGGACGCCGACGCAAUUGGUGAGCCGGCCGACUACGAGGCGGACGACGAGGUCGACGUAAUGCUAGGCGAGGAGGUCGACCAGUUCGAAAACAAGACCAGCCAGAAGCGCACCUUCGUCGACGUGUACCGCCCGCCGCAGCCGGACCGUCGCGGGAGUGCGCACGAACACUACUCCUCCUCCCCCGAGCUGCCCCUCUAUGAUUCCUUGCGUCGUGGGCGCGGGUCCACGCACGGUGUCGCCAAGUCCACCAGAUCCAAGCGCGCCGCCCCCCAGCCCAAGCACCGGCGCAGUCCCUCACCGCCCCCGUACAGCGCCCCCAAGCGCGCGCGCCGCGAUAACUACCCGCCUCUGCGCCUCGCGCCCGACGAUGCUCCAGCGCCCAUUCCGUCCUCCUCGUCUGGCCCACGGCGCCACACUGCGUCCGGCAUCCCCCUGCCGCCCUCGGACGACGAGGACGAGGACGCUCCGCACGCGCCCUACCGGCCGCCUCCGCGCGCGAUUUACCAGCGCGCGCGGCCGGACGACGAGUACGUGCCCGACGCGGACCCGUACGGGCCCGAGUCGGAGGACGAUUACGACGAGCGCAGGUCGCGCACCCACCGCAGGGCUUCUGCCUCGCCCAGCAAGCCCUCGACAUCGAGCCGCGCGCCAACGUCCGGCCAGAAACGCAAGCGCGCCCAGUCCCCCUCCCCCUCCCCCGAGAAGCCCCUGAAGCGCAAGCGCCACUCCGCAAAGAACGGCCACACGCGCAACAAGAUCUACUCGAACGCCCAGAUCGACGAGCACAUCAAGCACAUGAAGAGCCGCGAGGGGAGCGACUUCUCCUGCACGCUGUGUCAGCGCAUCCUCAAGCGCAAGCCCGAGCUCUGGCGGCACGCGGAUACGCACCGCGGCAAGAGCCCGAGGUGGGCGUGUCUUGGCGUCCCGGUCGCGAUGCGGGACAAGGUCCCGGCGUCGCUCCGGGAGUACGGGCCACCUGAGGACAGGCGCGUGGGUGGCUGCCUGAAGUUGUUCAGCCGGAAGGACUCCCUACAGCGGCACCUGAGGUUGGUGCAGGCGUAUGUACCGCAUGAGAGGUGCUAUGGGGAUCAUGCCCAUCUUGGUGUUGAUGACGACAAGUGGGAUAUGUGGCUGCCCUUCCUUCAGGGGACGGAGGUGCCGGCGCAGUCACCGUAAUACCAUGACCCAGAUUUCUUCUAUUUCCUCUUCUAUUUCUUCCUCUCUCGACCAGUCUCUGUAUCAAUAGUCAGCGCCUCCGUCUCUUUUCACUUACCUCUCUAUUACUGUAUCUGUAUCUUUCACAUUAAUGAGUUUCGGGCAGCCAUCAAAUGAAGUGUGUAGAAUA